GUUAGGUUGAAUUCCUCCGUGUCCUCUGAGUGUAGUGCGUGUGUGAGUAGACAGAAGCAGGUAUGGCGUCAACGGGGCUACGGUUACUCGGGCAGAGCUUUGGCAGCUUGUUGAGGUCGGCGAGGACACCGGUGAGGUCAUGUCCGCAAAUGCUUUGUACAGCAUCCCAGCAGCAAAAAUCUACUGGCCAAAAUAGCGAUGAGGAUAAAGUUGAAAGCCAGAAUCAAGAGGUCCCUGACCAGCUUUCAGCAGAGAAGGCCAAACUAGAAGAUCAGCUCAAGGACAUUACAGAUAAAUAUAAGCGUGCUCUUGCGGAUACAGAAAAUUUAAGGCAGAGGAGCCAAAAGCUGGUUGAAGAAGCAAAACUGUAUGGUAUUCAGGGCUUUUGCAAGGAUCUGCUUGAAGUUGCUGAUAUUUUGGAAAAAGCAACAGAAAGUGUCCCAAAAGAUGAGCUCAAGAAUGAAAAUCCCCAUCUAAAGAAUCUCUAUGAAGGGUUAAUUAUGACUGAAGUACAGAUGCAGAAGGUUUUCAAGAAGCACGGUGUGGUUAAAUUAAAUCCAGUUGGUACCAAGUUUAAUCCGUAUGAGCACGAAGCCUUAUUUCAUACACCUAUCGAAGGGAAGGAGCCAGGGACUGUAGCGCUGGUGACAAAAGUGGGCUACAAGCUGCAUGAACGCACGCUGAGGCCGGCGUUGGUUGGUGUUGUUAAGGGAACAUAAUAGUGCGUUUGUUUUUGUCUUUUUUAUUUUAAAUAAAUGACUGUACAGUUAUUAAAUGGCCUUUUUUCGACAUUCAUUCCAAUAAUAAACUUAUUAUGUAAUAUAGGAAA